AUGAAGUUCUUCAUCGCUGUCCUCGCUCUCGCUGCCACCGCCAUUGCCGGUGAGUCCGCUGGCUCUUGCAAGAGCGACCAGAGCAUCGUCUGCAAGGACAACGGCAACGGUGGUCUUCUGACCCUGGGCAACAUUGCUGGUGGUGCCCUUGGUGAGGAAUGUACCGGCGGUGACGUCUACUGCUGCUCCGACAAGGACAUCAAGGAUAUCGGUCUUAUCAACCUUGAUGUCAAUGCUCAGUGCAGCUUGAACCACGUGCUUUAA